GUGGAAUGCUUACUCUUCUGUCAUCAGCCAUCGCUGCUAUCAGUGGACUUCUGAUGGGUUAUGAACUUGGAAUAAUCUCGGGAGCUCUUCUUCCGCUAACUAGCAUAUUAGCCCUUUCAUGUCAGCAACAGGAAAUGGUUGUAAGUGCUCUUCUAAUUGGCGCUUUGCUAGCUUCAUUGACCAGCGGGUUCCUGAUAGACAAAUAUGGGAGACGAAUUACCAUCAUAAUGGCAUCUUGUUUACUUGUUCUAGGCAGCCUAGCCUUGAUACUCUCUAACUCAUAUGGACUACUUAUAAUAGGACGGAUUGUGGUAGGGGUUUCAAUUUCAUUCUCCUCAAUUGCAACAUGUGUGUAUAUCGCAGAGAUUGCCCCACCACACAGAAGAGGCUUGCUCGUGUCUUUGAAUGAACUCAUGAUUGUAGCGGGUGUUCUUUUUGCUUAUAUUUCAAAUUAUGCAUUUGCCAGCUUUUACCAUGGCUGGAAGUAUAUGUUUGGCCUCGUUAUUCCCCUGGGCACCUUGCAAGUCAUUGCUCUGUACUUCCUUCUACCCAGCCCUCGGUUCCUGGUUAUGAGAGGCUUUGAUGAAGCUGCUAGCAGAGUACUUGGAAAGUUGAGGAGAACCUCAGACAUUAUUGAAGAACUGGCUAUGAUCAAAUCUUCCUUGAAAGAUGAGCACCAAUACAGUUUCUUCGAUCUAUUCUGUGCAAAAGACAACAUGAGGGCCCGAAUGCUGAUAGGAAUCACUCUAGUGUUUUUCGUACAGACAACAGGACAGCCGAACAUCUUAUUUUAUGCAUCAACUGUUUUGAAAUCAGCUGGAUUCCAGACCAAUGAGGCAGCCAGUCUGGCCUCUACCGGUGUUGGAGUGGUCAAAGUGAUCAGUACAGUCCCAGCUACUCUUUUUGUGGACCACAUAGGAAGCAAGACAUUUCUCUGUAUUGGUUCAUCCCUCAUGUCUGUGUCGUUAGUCACCAUGGGAGUAGUGACACUUAACAUACACAUGAAUUUCACUACUGUUUGUAAAAACCAGUCCUUGGAAGAUUCCUCAUCCCAGAUGGUACGAAAGCUAGCCUCCACAAAUGAGACUCUUGAGGACCAAUUUGCCGGCAUGGCUGCAUCUAGCAGAAUUUCACAAUGGAAGGUUGAAACCGCCAACAGAGGGGAGCGGAACAGGACAGCUGUGGCGGGAGGCCCAGCCUCUGCCCCCAGCCCGGCUGAGUCCCAAACAGAAACAGGAGCCGUGGAGGUCCCAGCAGCACUGCAAUGGCUCUCCUUGGCCAGCUUGCUUGUUUACACGGCUGCUUUCUCCAUAAGCCUCGGACCAAUGUCCUGGCUGGUAUUGAGUGAAAUAUUUCCUGGUGGAAUCAGAGGAAGAGCAAUUGCUCUAACCUCUAGUGUGAACUGGGGUGUAAAUCUCUUGAUCUCAUCAACUUUUUUGACUAUAACAGACCUAAUUGGCUUACCAUGGGUGUAUUUCAUUUAUGCUGUGAUGAGCCUAGCAUCAUUAGCAUUUGUCGUUGUCUUUAUACCUGAGACAAAGGGGUGUUCCUUAGAGCAAAUAUCCAUACUACUGGCAAAACAAAAGCAUAAAAAGAGUACCCUUUGCGGAAUGAGCCAGUGCCAGGAUCAACUGAUGUCUAUAGAACUUUCCAACAAAGAACCGCAUGAACAAUUUUACUAGAGAGAGGCAGAUGCUUGU